AAGGUAUCCCUAUAGUUACGAUUUUUAAAUUUACACCAGUUGCGUCUUCUGUCCUGUGUGAAGAAGAACUUGAAAUACUUGUCACCUACCUUUUUUAAAUAGUGUUUUGAGUGGGACUUACAACUACAAUUUUGAAAAAAUUACAGUGCUCGGAAUUUUAGAUUGUAGUGUCAAUGAAAAGAAAAUUCUAAUACUAUUUUAUUACGUUGCGUGCACAGGUAUUCCUUUAGUAACAAUUUUUAAAAAUAUUUAUAUCAUCUACAUUUUCUGUAUUGCGGGAAGAAGAACUUGAAAUAGCUGCUACAUACUUUUUUCAAGUAGUGGUCGGAGUGAGACUUACUAUUACACUUCUAGAAAAUUACCGUGCAUGGAAUUUUAACCUGCAGUGUUGAUAAAAAUAAAAUUCUAAUAUCGUUUUAUGUAGACGAACACAAAGUAGUGUUUAACAGCUUCUGUCCAGGAUUGGAAGAAGACAAGUUUCAUACAAUGCCGAAGUCAUUCCUUGCUGGAAGAAAAUAUGGAAAAGAUCGCCGGUACUCUGAAAUACGACGGGAUAGAAAGCAGACGGAUGUUGAAGAUACUGUCGUGAAAAGGAACUGUUCUCCAAUCCCUGCGAAGGAGACAGAUGUUACUGAUAUAUACGACGAAGUUGAUGGAGAUAUUGAUAAAACACAAAAGCACAGAAAAUUUUAUCUUCCACUGAUAAAAAACAAAGAAAUACAAAUAAGCGACAUAAAUGAAGCACGCCAAGGAAACAAAGCAGCACACUUACUGAAAAAACCAAAGAGAGAUAGUUUAACAUUUGACAAUGGGAACGAUCAAGAAACAUUACCUUCAAAACGUGUAGCUAGAUCAAUAGAUUUUAACCCUGUUUCAACGUCCUCAUCAAAAACUGAAGUAACAAGUAAUACAUUGGGUUCAUUAUUUUAUUCACUUGCCAAUCCACUUACUUUGUCACCAAUUUCGUCGUUCCCUUUUCGCCAAAAUGAACUUGCAUCUCCCGAUUCACCAUUAUCCAGUUUGUCAAACGUGUCGCCAAGGUUACCGAGUGUAUGUUCAACACAUGCCACCACUACAAAAGAUUCUACAUGCUCCUUUUCUAUUUCACCUACGUAUUCUAGAAAAAGGUUUUAUGCAGAGUCACCAGACAGCAGCAAUAGUGUUUUAACAGAUGAAAAUAAAUCAGAAAUUGUGCCUGAUAAUUCGGCGCCAGCAUUCAGCAGAAUAGAAAUGUAUGAAAGAAACACUAAGUUGCCGAAUUUAACGUCAUCUAGGCCGAUGGCUGACGGCAAUUAUAGUGCUCGAGAAACAACACCACACAGAAACAAUCAUUCUGAAGAAACGUCAAUAACAAUGGCAGCAACACUGCCACCAUUUCAACCAUACAGAUGUUUGACCCAGACACGACAGAACAUUUCACACCAACAGCAAACUAUUUACCCCCAUAUUUGGAGACCUGUUCCUCAAAUGGCUACAAUGAGUUCGCCAAUCGUAACAUCACAGUUAGAUCCAAAUAAACACAUGGAUGACAGAAUAAACAAACAAGACUCAAAUACUAUCGGUAACAAUAUACCGGCUAACUCGACACAUACUUUACAGUGGCUGAAGAAAACAACAGAACCUAAUUCAAUGAUUCGGUCGCCUAUUGUAAAAGGAGUUGAGCUUGUAAAUGGUGGUUAUGGAAUUAAAAAUCCCUUGCUGUCUCAAACCCAAACAGAAUCAAGAUAUGGUCCACUCGUAUUUCAGACAGAAGAAGAUCGAUUCAUCUGCAAAAUUUGUCAGAAAUCCUUCCAUUUGCAGCGUCUGCUGAACCGCCAUUUAAAAUGUCACAGUGAUGUGAAGCGGUAUCUAUGUACAUUCUGUGGUAAAGGUUUCAACGACACUUUUGAUCUCAAAAGACACACAAGAACGCAUACUGGUGUCCGUCCAUACAAAUGUGAUAGUUGUGGUAAAUCAUUUACCCAGAGGUGUUCUCUCGAGUCGCAUUGUAAAAAGGUCCAUGGAUCAGAGUACAAGUUUGGAUAUAAGGAGAGACGCGCAAAGCUGUACGUGUGUGAAGAUUGUGGACAUACCACAACUGAGCCAGGACAACAUUUUAUACACUUAAAGAGCUACCACCCCCAGAGCCCUGUCUUACUGAGAUUCUAUGAUAAACGACAGUUCAAAUUUAGUGACAUAGAUCAAACUGAAUUUGAGAAAUCUGUAUGCUGACUUAGACAAUAAUGUAGAUUACAGAGAUGUUGUCAGCUACGUCAAAACUUCAACAGCCGUACAUAUACAGUCACUCAAUGUGGAUCACACGACACUUUGCAGGAAACACGUUUAAGUUUUGCUUUAAAGACAUGAAUAAUGAGGACCAGAUCUAAGCUAACCAAAUAAUAUUUUUUCUUGUACAUGUCUUCUGUAAUAUUACAAACCUGUUUUGCUGAACAAAACUGUGCUCAUGUGUUAACACAAUGAUGAAUAAAUACUCUCAUCUGCUAGAUAUAAUGAAUAAAAUUGAAACAAGAAA